UUGCCACCUGUUUGCUCUUCAAGUUGUGUAUACUGCAGCAACUAAAGUUUUAAUUUUUCAGGUCAAGUCAUUUAGCACAAAAGAUGACCUGAACAAUUGGUUUCUCAGUGAUCCAAUGCGUACCCCUGGAGCUUUGCAUUUCGUGGAACGAAAUGCCACAGUUAUAAGAUAUGGCGUAGUAACAAAUACAUCUACAUACAUUCAAGUUCCAAGGGUACCUGAAGAUCCAACUUUCAAGUUCCAACUUCCCCUUCAGCUAGCUGCAUCUCGAGAGAUUGCAAGGUCCUUGCUUGGAGAUUCAAAGUUCAGCUGGAAUGUUGGUCUCAAGGAAUUUGCCCAUCCUGCAAUAGAAGACCGUGAAGCUGGAGAUUCAUUUCAAAAGUUUGCUUUUGUUGCUAUUUUCAGUCCAAUCUUCUUCUAUGCAAUCUCUAUGUUUGGUUUUGUAUUUCAGAUCAGCUCAAUGGUUCUUGAGAAGGAGCUCAAACUUCGCCAGGCAAUGACUGUGAUGGGACUUUUUGACUCUGCGUAUUGGUGCUCGUGGCUUAUAUGGGAGGGAAUUAUGACAUUCCUUUCAUCACUCCUCAUUGUUCUUUUUGGAAUGAUGUUUCAGCUUCACCUUUUCUUGAAAAACAGCUUUUUGAUUGUUCUACUUUUGUUUUUUCUUUUCCAACUCAACAUGGUUGGUUUUGCCUUCUUAAUAUCAAACUUCAUCCGCAAAUCUGCUUCGACUACAUCUGCCAGCUUUGCCAUAUUUGUAAUUGGUUGUGGAACUCAGACAUUUUCAGGGGUGCUCUAUAGUGAUACAAGCCAUAAAACAAGCUAUAGAAGAACAAUUUGGUCCUUCUUUCCGCCUAAUCCCUUUUCAGGAGGUCUGAAUCUGUUAUUAUUUGCAGCAGACAAUGGCGGGAUCAGCUGGAGUAGGCUUUCCGAGUGUGACAUUGAUGGCUCAUAUUGCUAUUCAAUUCUCCGUUACUAUCGAUGGCUCAUUGCGACGUUCUUCCUGUGGCUUAUUUUGGCUAUCUACCUUGACAAUAUCAUACCCAACUCAGCAGGUGUAAGUAAACCCUUAUAUUACUUUUUGAAACCUGGAUAUUGGAGAGGAAGAGGUGAAGAAAAGUAUAAAGAAAAUGCCCCAUGUUGCGGUUCUGGUUCUGCGCCGCCACAUGACAGUUUUACUCAAGAUGAUGAAGAUGUUCUUGAUGAGGAAAAUAGAGUGAAACAACAAGCGGAGGAAGGCAACGUUGAUCCUAAUGUUGCUGGUCUUUGGUUAAAUCUUGAGAAGGAUCAAUUGUUCUGUCUCUUGGGACCAAAUGGAGCUGGCAAAACAACUGUAAUUAGUUGCUUGACUGGUAUAACUCCAGUCACUCAUGGAAAUGCACUGAUCUAUGGAAACUCUGUUCGAAGUUCGGUUGGUAUCUCCAACAUAAGAAAGCUGAUUGGAGUCUGCUCACAGUUCGACACACUUUGGGAUGCAUUAUCCGGACAAGAGCACCUUGAACUCUUCGCCACCAUCAAAGGCUUAUCCCCGACUUCAAAAAAAUCAGAAACUGAAAAAUUGUUGGCUGAUGUGAAACUUGAUGAUGUUGCCAAAGCGAGAGCAGGUGGCUACAGUGGUGGAAUGAAACGUCGCCUCAGUUUAGCUAUAGCAUUGAUUGGAGAUCCAAAACUUCUAUUUUUAGAUGAACCAACAACUGGUAUGGAUCCUGUAACUCGGAGGCAUAUAUGGAGUGUAAUUGAGGCUGCAAAGCAAGGACGUUCUAUUGUUCUGACAACACAUUCUAUGGAGGAAGCUGAUAUUUUAUCAGAUCGUAUUGGAAUAAUGGCAAAGGGUAGACUUCGUUGCAUUGGAACAUCAACCUUGCUGAAGUCUCGAUUUGGAGUUGGCUUUAUCGCUAAAGUUAGCUUCAGUAAAACUGCUGACAAUGUGAAUGCCAUGACAAAUACACUAGACAGAAAGCAUCAUGAGGCUAUCAAAGAAUUCUUCAAACAGCAUUUAGAUGUCACACCAAAAGAGGAAGAUAAAUCCUUCUUGACUUUUGUUAUUCCUCACGAGAAGGAGAAGCUACUCGAAAAUUUCUUUGCAGAGCUAGAAAAUAGAAAACUGGAGUUUGGCAUAUUAAAUAUCCAAAUAGGUCUUACAACGCUAGAAGAAGUGUUCUUGAACAUUGCAAAGAAGGCAGAGCUAGAAGUGGCUGCAACUGAGGAAACUAUCAUGCCACUGAUUUUACCAUCAGGAACUACUCUCCAAGUAGGUGCGACUUGGGAAUUAUAUUUGUGUCAUAGAUUUAACUCGCGUACACU